CCUCCCCUCCCCUCCUCUUCGGCUUCCGAGCCCCGCCCCGCCCCGCGCCGGGGCCGGAGCCGCAGCCCGAGCGGCGGGGUGACCAUGGAGGAGGAUGAUGAGUCUCGAGGGAAGACGGAGGAGUCGGGUGAGGAGCGGGGUGACGGUCCACCAGACAGAGACCCUACGCUUUCUCCUUCCGCGUUUAUCCUGCGGGCCAUUCAGCAGGCAGUGGGGAGCUCGCUGCAGGGGGAGCUGCCGAACGAGAAAGAUGGCUCCCGGUGUUAUGGCCUACGUUGGAGGCGCUGCCGGAGCCCACGGUCAGAGUCCCGUACCCAGGACUCUGGGGGGACGGACACAGCUGCUGUGUUGGACAUGGCCGCAGACAGCUUCCUCGCGGGGCUGGUGAGCGUUCUGGAACCCCCUGACACCUGGGUGCCUAGCCGUCUAGACCUACGGCCUGGCGAAAGUGAGGACAUGCUGGAGCUGGUGGCUGAAGUCCGCAUUGGUGACAGGGAUCCUGUCCCUCUGCCCGUGCCCAGCCUGCUGCCCCGUCUCCGGGCCUGGAGGACGGGCAAAACGGUUUCUCCACAGUCUCACGCGUCUCAGCCCACCUGUGCCCGCCACCUCCUGACCUUAGGCACCGGAGACGGGGGCCCUGCCCCUCCCCCUGCCCCCUCUUCUGCCUCUUCCUCCCCUUCCCCUUCCCCCUCAUCAUCCUCACCAUCCCCUCCGCCACCCCCACCUCCCCCAGCACCCCCCGCCCCAACUGCUCCACGAUUUGACAUCUACGACCCUUUCCACCCCACCGACGAGGCCUACUCCCCACCCCCUGCUCCAGAGCAGAAAUAUGACCCUUUUGACCCCACCGGCUCCAACCCCAGUUCCUCAGCUGGGACCCCCUCACCAGAGGAGGACGAAGAAGAGGAAGAAGAGGAGGAGGAGGAGGAAGGUCUGUCGCAGAGCAUCAGCCGUAUCUCGGAGACCCUCGCGGGCAUCUAUGAUGACAACAGUCUGAGCCAGGACUUCCCAGGCGAGGAGAGUCCCCAACCGGACCCCCCGCCCCCGGCUCAGGCACCAGCUACCCCACCCCAGGUGGAUUCUACACGCACUGAUGGGGCCACCCGCCGGCGCGUCUUUGUGGUGGGGACUGAGGCGGAAGCCUGCCGGGAAGGCAAGGUCUCCGUGGAGGUGGUGACUGCCCCGCCAGCCCCGGCCGAGCCUGAGAUUGAGGAGGGUGAGAUCGUGCAGCCCGAGGAUGAGCCCCGGCUGACGCUUCCCGCCCUCUUCCGGCCCCCACCACAGCCCCCCGUGGCCCGGGCCCCUGAGGGUGACGACUUCUUGUCCCUGCACGCCGAGUCCGACGGCGAAGGGGCUCUGCAGGUGGACCUUGGAGAGCCGGCCACUGUCCCACCAGCCGCCGACACACGCUGGGGGGGCCUGGAUCUCCGCCGUAAGAUCCUAACACAGCGGCGCGAGCGCUACCGUCAGCGCUCAGCAUCCCCGGCCACCACUGCUGCCACAGCUGUUCCUGCCUCCGGGCCUCCCGCCCGUAAGAAGUCCAAGCGGGAGCACAAGCGCCACGGAGGCAGUGGUGGGGAGGCCAAGGAGGCUGCCUCAUCCUCGGCCGGCACCCAGCCCACUGCACCCACCCCCACCCCUGCUGUUGCCACCUGGGACUCCAAGAAGCACCGCUCACGGGACCAUAAGCCAGGCUCCCAUGCCUCAUCCUCAUCCCGCCGCCGCUCCCGCUCCACCCGCCGCCGUUCGCGCUCCCGCAGCACUGAGCGCCGUCGUGGGGGUAGCCGCCGCUCCCGCUCCCGGGAAAAGCGGCGCCGAAGACGGCGCUCAGCCUCCCCGCCACCAGCCACCUCCUCUUCAUCAUCAUCCCGACGGGAGCGGCACCGUGGCAAGCACCGGGAAGGCGGCAGCAGUAAGAAGAAGAAGAAGCGGUCAAGGUCAAGGGGGGAGAAGCGGUCUGGGGACGGCAGCUUGGAGAAGGCCUCGGGCCUGGUGCCUCUGGCUUCAGGUUUGUCCAUAUCGGGUAGCGAGCGGGACAGCCGCCGCCGGGGAGCCGUGCCACCCUCCAUCCAGGACCUCACGGACCAUGACCUGUUCGCCAUCAAGCGCACCAUCACGGUGGGCCGGCCUGACAAGUCUGAGCCUCGGGGUGCCUCGCCGGUCCCCACCUCGUCGCCCAAGCGUGAGGUCCUGUACGACUCGGAGGGACUGAGUGGCGACGAACGGGGUGGUAAGAGCAGCGAGAAGGACCGGCGCCGGGGGGCAGCUUCCUCCUCCCGCGAGAAGGGGUCCAGGAGGAAGGUGCUGGAUGGGGGCGACCGGGACAGAGACAGGGACAGGUCAUCCAAGAAGGCCCGACUCCCCAAGGAUUCAGGGCCUCCUUCAGGGCCCCCGCCAAAGGCAGUGAGCAGCGGCUCGGGCUCGUCCUCCUCCUCGUCCUCCUGCUCCUCACGGAAGGUGAAGCUGCAGUCCAAGGUGGCCGUGCUGAUCCGGGAGGGCGUCAGCAGCACCACUCCAGCCAGGGAGGCCGCCUCGGCUGGCCUGGGCUCCAUCGGUGUCAAGUUUAGCCGAGACCGGGAAAGCCGUUCACCGUUCCUGAAACCCGAUGAGCGGGCUCCCACUGAGGUGGCCAAAGCUGCACCGGGCAGCACCAAGACCAAGAAGACCAAGGUCAAGGCCAAGGCUGGGGCCAAGAAAGCCAAGGGGACCAAGGGCAAGACCAAACCAUCCAAAACUCGGAAAAAGGUCCGGAGCAGUGGGAGCGGCAGUGGCCCCGUGACGCUGAAGAAGUCUAAGGCGGACAGCUGUAGUCAGGCUGCUGGGACCAAGGGUGCUGAGGAGACAUCUUGGUCCGGGGAAGAGCGGGCCGCCAAAGUGCCCAGCACCCCACCUCCCAAGGUGGCCCCUCCACCGCCUGCACUCACCCCCGACUCACAGACCGUGGAUAGCAGCUGCAAGACACCCGAGGUCUCCUUCCUGCCUGAAGAGGCCACUGAGGACACUGGGGUUCGGGAUGGAGCAGAGGAUGAGGAGGAGGAUGAGGACGAAGAGGAGGAGGAGGAAGAGGAAGAGCAGCAGCCAGCCACCACCACAGCCACCAGCACAGCUGCAGCUGCCCCCAGCGCUGCCCCUAGUGCGGGCUCUACUGCUGGCGACUCUGGGGCUGAGGAUGGGCCGGCUGCCCGCGUAUCCCAGCUGCCCACCCUGCCCCCACCCAUGCCCUGGAACCUGCCGGCAGGGGUGGACUGCACCACCAGUGGGGUCCUGGCCUUGACUGCGCUGCUCUUCAAGAUGGAGGAAGCCAACCUGGCCAGCCGAGCAAAGGCCCAGGAGCUGAUCCAGGCCACCAACCAGAUCCUCAGCCACAGAAAACCCCCCUCAGGUCUGGGGGUAACCCCGGCUCCUGUGCCCACCUCUCUGGGCCUGCCUUCCGGCCCCUCCAGCUAUCUGCUUCCCGGCAGUCUCCCCCUGGGUGGCUGUGGUUCCACCCCGCCCACCCCCACGGGGUUGGCGACAGCGUCUGACAAGAGAGAAGGUAGCAGCAGCUCUGAGGGACGUGGGGACACCGACAAGUACCUGAAGAAGCUGCACACACAGGAGCGGGCUGUGGAGGAAGUAAAGCUGGCCAUCAAGCCGUACUAUCAGAAGAAGGACAUCACAAAGGAGGAGUACAAGGACAUUCUGAGGAAGGCCGUCCACAAGAUAUGCCACAGCAAAAGCGGGGAGAUCAACCCGGUGAAGGUGAGCAACCUGGUGCGGGCCUACGUCCAGCGCUACCGCUACUUCCGCAAACAUGGCCGCAAGCCAGGGGACCCUCCAGGGCCCCCACGGCCACCCAAGGAGCCGGGUCCCCCUGACAAGGGUGGCCCAGGCUUGCCCCUGCCCCCACUCUGA